AUGGUGGACAUCCUCCUGCCGCGGCCGCUCCCGGGCGCCAUGGGAGAGCCCGCCAAGAGGCGGCCGGGGCUGGCCCUGUGCGCGGGUUGCGGGGGCCGCAUCCAGGACCCCUUUCUGCUGCGGGUAUCUCCGGACCUGGAGUGGCACAUCGCCUGCCUCAAGUGCGCCGAGUGCGGGCAACCCCUGGACGAGACCUGCACAUGCUUCCUGCGCGACGGCAAGGCCUACUGCAAGCGGGACUACAGCAGGCUCUUCGGCAUCAAGUGCGCGCAGUGCCGGGCAGCCUUCAGCAGCAGCGACCUGGUGAUGCGGGCCCGGGACCACGUCUACCACCUGGAGUGCUUUCGUUGCGCAGCCUGCGGCCGCCAGCUCCUGCCCGGGGACCAGUUCUGCCUGCGGGAGCGCGACCUGCUCUGCCGCGCCGACCACGGGACGCCCCACGACGGAGCCGCCGCUCGCCGCCCGCGCAGCCCCGCGCUGCCGCCCUCCGCCGCCGCCGCCCCGCACCUCGCAGAGCCGGUGCCCGGUCGACCUCCCGCCCCGCGGCCGCCGGCGCACAAGGCGGCGGAGAAGACCACCCGCGUGCGGACGGUGCUGAACGAGAAGCAGCUGCACACGCUGCGGACCUGCUACGCCGCCAACCCGCGCCCCGACGCCCUGAUGAAGGAACAACUCGUGGAGAUGACAGGGCUCAGUCCCCGCGUCAUCCGCGUCUGGUUCCAGAACAAGCGCUGCAAGGACAAGAAGAAAUCCAUCCUCAUGAAGCAGCUCCAGCAGCAGCAGCACAGCGACAAGACGAGCCUGCAGGGCCUCACCGGGACGCCGCUGGUGGCCGGCAGCCCCAUCCGACACGAAAGCGCCGUGCAGGGCAGCGCCGUGGAGGUCCAGACCUACCAGCCGCCCUGGAAGGCGCUCAGCGAGUUCGCCCUGCAGAGCGACCUGGAGCAGCCCGCCGCCUUCCAGCAGCUGGUCUCCUUCUCCGAGUCCGGCUCCUUGGGCACCUCCUCCGGCAGCGACGUGACCUCGCUGUCCUCCCAGCUCCCCGACACCCCCAACAGCAUGGUGCCCAGCCCGGCCGAGACGUGAGGCGGCCCGGCCACCCACCGCCGCGGGACUUCCGCAUGCCUGCGCUCCCUGCAUGAGACACCCGGCCCCGGGCCGCUCCCAGAGCGCCGGACAAACGCCUUUGUUUUUUAAUUAUUCUUAUUUAAAAACAAACAAAAAAUAUCUUACUGACGGCCAAAAAAGCACCGG